AUGAGCGGAUCUGACAGCAUCUCCAGAUUUCACUCGAACCUGCACCAGCGCAGUGAUCCCCGAGAUGCCCUCUUCGAAAACUAUCAGCCCACGGCGGGUGGCUCGGCUGGCAAGGCACGACGCAGUCCUGCACCGCCAGGAGAGAUGCGUGGCGCUGGGGCUAGCAGCAUGAGCGGGAGUGUUGGAUAUGAUACAGGACCGAGGUGGAAUGGCUGGGCCGACGUUGGGCAGAGCGGCGGUGCCGUGGGAUUUCGAACUGCGACGCCCAACAAACAAGGUCAAUACUCCGAUGCCGUCCUCUCCUCACUCGAAUCGCAAAACGACUCGCAAGUCGAAGGUAUCAUCGGCAAGGUCCGUCAGCUCAAGAGUAUGACGAUGGCCAUCGGCGACGAAAUUCGCGAUAGCUCCGCCCUCGCCGAGAAGAUGAAUGAGGGUUUUGAGGGCACCCGGAUCCGCUUACGAGGCACAAUGUCACGUAUGCUUGUCAUGGCAAAAAAAACUGGGGUUGGAUGGAAGGCCUGGGUAGCCUUUUUUUCUACAGUUAUUCUACUUUUUUGGUGGGUCAGAUUUAUGAGGUAG